AUGGGCAUGUACUAUGCUGCUUUGAAUGUUUCCACACCAGCAUUUCAACAGUUUUUGGGCUGCUAUCAGUCAAUAGAUGGCCGUUCCUUCGAUUUGGGCAGUCAUAGCUGGAUAAUCGAAGCACUUUCCGAGGCAAUCUCAUCUGCCCUUUUGCGAGACCCAACUUGGAUACCAGAUUCCUUCUCGGAGACCUCACAGCCUACGUUGAAUGAUAUUGUACACGAGGUGGAAAUAAAAAAUCGUCCAGCCUGGACGACGUAUCUGCACCUACUAUCGACCCUCCGGAGUCGACAAACAUUACUCAAAUCUUGGGUUGAAUUCUUGGACACAUUCUCAUUUACAAACCAAACACAUUGCCAUUUGGCUUAUAGUGUGAUCGUGUCCUUGAUCCGGUCAGGGCAAUCUGGGAAGGCAGCCAAGUACCUAGAGGAGGUUUCCCAGCGCUGUGGCGAUAACUUACCAUUCAUUUCAUCGCUCCCAAGCCUUCGGGUUUUGGUCGAUGAUCCAAUUAUCGCAGAGACUUUACCAAGCUUGGUACAGGGCACUGAUUAUGAGUUGUUACUCGAGACCUGCCUUGGAAAUAUUGAACAACGCCUUGGUAUUCAAUGGCAAGAUGUCCCAUCAUCCCCGAACAAGGGCCAGGCGCAUAUCAGUGUCACCGCCGGCUCCCAGUGGAUGGUCUUCGAUGAACAACCUUUAUUAACCAUUGAUGGCGACUGUGCGGGAUAUGAUGACCCCAGUCGCCUAUACCCCGAAAUCCAAGCUCGCGGCUGCUCAAAGUCCCGAAAAGAUUUGCACCAAAUUGUGGAUCUGUUGAACGAGUACGAUGGAACUGCACAGCCAGUAACAGUAAAGUUAGAUCACUCAAGAAUUGGUCUAUCUCCGUCCAUUUCUCUGCACGAGUUUCAAUGGUGCCCCCAGCACUCACCUCUUGAAUUCUCAGACUCGCCUCUUUCUCUUCUGGCCGAUGACCGUCAUGCAGGCCGGACAUCCACAGCCCUCGGGUUACUUCGGGCUCGCGCCAUGGCCAACGGUGUGCCGCAGGAUGAACACCGGUCCUUACAUUUAAUGCAACUGGGAACCCUCAGCAUGCGAGACGGGCCAGGCGAGAAAUGGCUACCAUCAGGGUAUAUUGUGGCAUGGGACCGACGAUUAGGCGAGAUGAUCGCUCUGUAUGUGGGGAAGAGCCACGGCGUUAUUGACAAUGGGCCCACUCCACCAAAUCCUCCAUUUGGUGCUGUGCUGGACAUCCGGUCCACCAUGAUGCCCAAUGCUCAGCAGUGGGGUGCGGAUCAGCGUUCUCGGAGUCUAGCGAACUCAUAUUAUUUGGACAUCGAUCCAAGUCCGGAUUUGGAGCACUUGGAUCCUCGAUAG